AUGAUACAGGCAGAAAUUACGGACAAAUCAUCGGCUGCAUAUCAAAGUAUAGCUCGGGAAGCACUUGAGAAAUACAUACAUGGUUACAUCAAUAAAGUCAAUGUGGAUUGUGUUGCAGUUAUCACCCGAAAAUUGCUUAAGGAAAAUAUAGUACGAGGUAGAGGCGUGUUUUGCCAUUCCAUAAUAAAAGCUCAAGCUGCAUCGCCAACAUUUACCCAUGUUUAUGCCGCCAUGGUGGCCAUUAUUAAUUCAAAAUUUCCUAAUAUUGGGGAAUUGCUAUUGAAACGUUUGGUCAUACAGUUCAAACGAGCAUUUGGGUGUAGCGAUAAGACCGUUUGUUUGUCUUCUUCACAUUUUAUUGCCCACUUGGUUAAUCAAAUGGUGGCCCAUGAAAUUUUGGCCCUAGAAAUUCUAACACUCUUAAUUGAAUCGCCGACUGAUGAUAAUGUUGAAGUGGCCAUAACAUUUCUUAAGGAAUGUGGUAUGAAAUUGACAGAGGUAUCAUUGGAUAGGGUUGGAGGCAUUUUUGAAUUGCUUAAAAAUAUCUUGCAUCAAGGCAAGUUGGAUAAACGUGUACAAUAUAUGAUUGAAGUUUUAUUUCAAGUACGCAGAGAUGGCUUUAAGGACCAUCAAUCGAUUAUUAAGUCCUUAGAAUUGGUAGAAGAAUAUGCUCUAUUCACUCAUUUGCUAUUGUUGGAAGAUGUCACAUACCCGAAAGAUAUAUUGAACGAAUUUAAAUUCCACGAUCAGUACGAGACCAAUGAAGAGAAAUAUAAAGCACUUAGUAAGAAUAUUUUGGGUAGCCAUGCUUCAGAUUCGGAUGGCUCCUUCGGUUCGGGUAGUAAUUCCGAAACUGCAUUAUCUGACUGUGAUAAGGGCAAAAUUAGGUUAAUGAUAAAUACACGAGUGGUGACAUUAUUGAUGAAACGAAACCAAAUUUGAUUGCGUUAAGAAGAACAAUAUAUCUUACCUUAAAUUCCAGUUUCGAUUAUGGGGAAUGAGCACAAAAAUUAAUAAAAAUACAAUUGGAAACUUGUCAAGAAAAUGAGUUUUGCCAAAUAUUGUUAGAUUGCUGCGCUGAACAAAGAAUCUAAGAGAAGUUCUAUGGCCUUUUAGCCCACCGAUUUUGUAAAAUUUCAAAGAAAUCUUCAAGGAUAUCUGUCAGACUACGCAUUGUUUAGAUACAAAUCGUUUGCGGAAUAUAAGCUAACUCUUUGCUCAUUUGUUGUUUACCGAUGCAAUUAGUUGGGAUGUUUUAGACUGCAUAAAGCUAACUGAAGAUUACGCAAUAACAUCACGUUGUAUUUUUAUAAAAAUUUUCUUUCAAGAAUUGGUCGAAUACAUGGGUCUGUAUCACUUUAAUAAAAAACUUAAGACUGAAGUUUUAGCUGGAACUUUGGCGGGACUAUUCCCCAAAGAUAAUCCCAGAAAUAUACGCUUCUCCAUUAACUUUUUCACAUCCAUUGGUUUGGGCGGAAUAACUAAUGAAUUGUGUCAACUCCUAAAGAUUGCUCCGAAAUCUGCACCCUCGUCCUCAUCAUCAAGUUCUUUAUCAUCGGAAUUGUCUGCACCAUCCGACGACGAUUCUUCUAGUGAUUCAGAAAAUAAGAAAAAACAUAAAGGCAAAAAUAAGAAAAUUACCAAGAAGAAAAAUCCUUCAAAAAAAAAAAAAAAAACUAAAAAAUAUGUAGGUAAAAAUAAAAUAGCCGCUAAGAAUAAAACUAUAAAGCGAAGGACUGACAAAGACAACUCUUCUUUAAAAGAUAAUUUUUUGAAAAGCGAAAGUAGCAGCAACGAAUCAAUAUCUUCAGAUAGUUUAUCUUCGGAAUUGUUUGCACCAUCGUCUUAUUCGUCGUCGGAAUCUUCAAAAGAUUCAGAAAGUAAGGAAAAACAUAAAGGCAAAAAUAAGAAGAUGACCAAAAGAAAAAUCCUUCGAAUAAAAGGGAAAAAAACCAAAAAAAAAAUUAAGUAAAAAUAAAAAAGCCCCAAACAAAAAUACUAAGAAGCGAAUGACUGAAAAGGACAUUUCUUCUUCUGAAAGUAGCAUCAGUGAAUCAAAAUCUUUAAAUAGUUCGGCCUCGAACCAAAAUGAGAAUGAAAAACGGAAGAAAAGGGUUACAUCGAAAUCAAGAACAAAACGGAUUAAGAUGUUUAAACAAUCUCAAUGGGUAGACGCGGACAAUCAACGAGAUAUUAAACGUAAGAAAAGGGCAGAAUAUGGAUAUGAACCUCUUGUAGAUAGAAAAAGAAAUCAGGAAUAUUUAAAGAAGGGCGGACCAGAUUGCAGGAAAGAUAACUAUGGUAAUAAACAGAAUCAUGAAAUAUCACAACGUCAUGAUAGUGAAAUUAAAAGACGCCGGGAAGAGCGAAAAAAACGCCACCAUGAAAAAAUCACUCACGUGAAUAUACACGUUCUAAAUUAGGGCUCUGCCAGAGGGAAUAUUUUUUAUAUAUGUGCUGUCAGUUUUAUUAUCCAUGUACAUUUCAAUGUUUAUGUCAAAAUUGUCACUUUACAUUCUACUCCUAGUUUUGGAACAACUCUAGUUUAGUAAAAACUCUUCGAUUUUUUCGAAUUUUUUCCAUAGAUAGGUAUUUUUAACGUAAUCCCGGGAAACUAUUUUUUUUCUUGGGGGACGGACCCAGGACCGCAGAUUUUUGACCCGAGAUCAAGACCCCAUAUUGACUUACCCGAUAUAGACAAUAUGGGUAUCGAUUGAAAGAUUAUGGAAAUACCUAUCCAACAAGUGGUCACAUGAAUUUGUCAUGGUUCGGAAGUUAUAGUCAAAAUAUCGAUUUUUUGCACCCGGAUUUUUUACGAAACCCCAAAAAAGUCAAAAAAAGGGUCCAUUAUGGGGGUCAACAAAAUUGUUUCCAAAUUAUAGCUGACACUCUUACCUUUCCAAAAUGCUACAAAUUGUGCUAAUACCGUUUCCGGGUCCAGAGAUGUGGGUCUUUCCAUCCGCAUAACCCGAUUCUAACCAGUUCAUUAAAAUGAUGUUUUCAAUAAAAACAAGUUAAAAAGCAGUAAGAUCGGCCGGGCCGAACUUUUAAUACCCUCCACCAUUUGCAACGAAUUUGGAAAUUUUCAAAAAAUAAAAUCCUUAAAAAAUUCUGUUAAAAUUUUAAAAAUACCGAAUAUAGCCGUUAUUUUGGGGUCUAUGCGACGUGGACAUACAUAGGCAUUGUUUGUCAUAAGCCACUACCAUAUUCAAAUUCGAAACUUGAAGUAAACAGUGAAUAAUGUAGCUAAAAUCAUCAAACUACCGAAUAUAGGGAGGUACCGUUAUAUGGGGGCUAUACGAAGACCUGGACCCGCACAGACAAUUUUCUGCCACAGACUGUAGUUCCCAUAAAGAACUUCAAAUACCAAUUUUAAAACAAUUCCGGUGAAUAAUGUCGCUAAAAUCAUCAAAAUACCGAAUAUAGGGAGGUACCGUUAUAUGGGGGCUAUAUGAAGACGUGGACCUGCACAGACAAUUUUCUGUCUUAGGGUGUAGUAUCCAUUUUGAACUUCAAAUACCAAAUUUGAAACAAUUCCCGUGAAUAAUGUCGCUAAAAUCAUCAAAAUACCGAAUAUCGGGAGGUACCGUUAUAUGGGGGCUAUACCAAGACGUGGACCUGCACGGAUAAUUUUCCGUCUUAGGGUGUAGUAUCCAUUUUGAACUUCAAAUACCAAAUUUGAAACAAUUCCCGUGAAUAAUGUCGCUAAAAUGAUCAAAAUACCGAAUAUAGGGAGGUACCGUUAUAUGGGUGCUAUAUGAAAACGUGGACCUUCAUGGCCCAUUUACGAACUUAACCUGCCUACUGGAAAAAUAAACAUGUGUGCAAAAUUUUAUCUCAAUUCAUUCGAAAGAUAGCGUGAUUACAACAGACGGACAGACAGACAGACAGACAUCGCUAAAUCGACUUAGAAUUUUACGCUGAUCAAGAAAAUAUAUACUUUAUUGGGUCUGAUAUGAGUAUUUCGAGGAGUUACAAACGGAAUGACAAAGUUAAUAUACCCUCCAUAGUGUGGUGGAGGGUAUAAAAAUGGUUUAUGUCGCGUAGCAGUCGUGGGCCUUCGGCCGGGGCUUGAGAUUUUCUCCUAUGGGUAUGUCCUACACCGGCUAACGCGAACAAAAGGUUUCUAAAUUCGGCACUUUUUGAAAAUAGCCGGCCUUCGACCUGGGCUUGAGAUUUUCUCCUCUGGGUAUGUCCCACGCCGGCUAACGCGAACCAAAGUUUUCUAAAUUGGAUACCUUUUUUAAGUAGCCGGCCUUUGACCGGGGCUUGAGAUUUUCUCCUCUGGGUAUGUCCUACACCGGCUAACGUGAACCAAAGUUUUCUAAAUUUGACACUUUUUGUAAAAAGCCGGCCUUCGGCCGGGGCUUGAGAUUUUCUCCUCUCUAGAAAAGAAUGAAAGCCAGAUCCCGCUAAAAGAGUCAUAUUAAGUUCCUUUUCCUUGUCGAAGAUGAACUAUUAAAAUAGAAAAAAAUAUGAAAUUCGUCGAUUAAUGAUUAUCGGCAUUUAACCAAAAGAAAGAAAAAAAACUAUAUAAAAAUAUUUUUUUGUUAUUGUGUAGUUUAGUAUAUAAGAUAAAUGUAUUGCUUGUAGUUAGAUAAAUAGUACUUAAGAAAUAAUUGUGAGGAUAUUUAAUGCCCAGGUAAUUUUUCCUUAGUGAGUGUAGGGUUUUCUCAAAAUUUACAGCUAGACCAUUUCUAUAUUUUUUGGAACAAGAAUUUAGAAUGCCCAAAACUUUCGUCUAAGCGAGCUCCUUUAGGCAGAAUUUAGAGUAGUUUUUUGACCAAAAUUUGGCGCUCCUAGCGCCAAAUCUGAUCUGAGUAUUGACUCACAAAUUUUUUCGUUCCGGUAUUAAAAGUCCAGUUUUAUUCUUAUGUGUUCAUGUCGAAAUUAGUUUUAA